GCCCACAGUAGCCUCUCCCAUUCCUGCUGCCCUUAGCUGCUGCGCUUGCGUACAGCCAAACCUAACGCCUGUCGUCGGACAGACAGAUUCAGUGGGAGUUAGCUGUGUAAUGGCGGCCUCGGUGUUGCUGUCUGCGGAGAACACCGUACCCACUUUUGCGGUCGGCAAUCCCGGAGCGGCAGGGGUCUCCGGUAAUGGAGUAGGGGCAGCUUGCCCCGCAUCUUGGAACCGUUCGCUGGACCGGGCGUUAGACGAAGCAGCGGCUACUGGUUGCCUGAAUCUCAGUGGCAGGAAACUGAAGGAGUUCCCGAGGAGCGCCGCCAACCACGACCUCACAGACACAACUCGGGCCGAUCUGUCUCGGAAUAGGCUGCCUGAGUUGCCAGUGGAGGUGUGCAUGUUUGUGUCCCUGGAGAAUCUGAACCUGUAUCAGAACUGCCUACGCUCUCUGCCUGACAGCCUAGUCAACCUGCAGGCCCUCACCUACCUAAACAUCAGUCGGAACCAGUUGUCCACGUUACCCGCUCCAGUGUGCAGCCUGCCGUUGAAGGUCCUGAUCGCCUGCAACAACAAGCUGGUGUCCCUGCCCGAGGAACUGGGCCAACUCCGACAGCUCACUGAACUGGACGUGAGCUGCAAUGAGAUCCAGACUCUGCCUUCCCAAGUGGGGCAGCUGGAGGCUCUGCGGGACCUUAACAUCCGCAGAAACCACCUGGCACGCCUGCCCCCAGAGCUGGCAGAGCUGCCUCUGGUGCGUUUGGAUUUCUCCUGUAACAAGGUGACGUCCAUCCCCGUCUGCUACCGCAACCUCCGACACUUACAGAGCAUUGUGUUAGACAACAACCCCCUACAGAGCCCCCCUGCACAGAUCUGUAUAAAGGGGAAGAUCCACAUAUUUAAAUAUCUGAACAUGGAGGCGUGCAAGACAGCACCUGACCUCCCAGACUACGACAGGAGACCACUAUUCGGGAACUGUGUGGAGGAACUGUAUCCCGGCCGGCCUUAUGGAGCACUGGACUCUGGCUUCAACAGCGUGGACAGCGGAGACAAGAGAUGGUCAGGCAAUGAGCCGACGGACGAGCUGUCGGACCUGCCUCUGAGAGUGGCGGAGAUCACCAAAGAGCAGAGGCAACGGAGGGAGAGGGAGAGGGAGCGCGGCGACGAAAGCAAACACAGCUCGGUCGUCGCCAACGGCACAUUGGAGUCGGAGAUUGAGCAGAUCGAUUUCAUCGACAGCUGUACAGGUGAGGAGGAAGAGGAGGAGGGCCGCAGCAGCAGGAGCCGGACGUCAGACGCCGUCAGCCUCAGCUCCCAGUUCAUGGCCUACAUAGAGCGGCGGAUCACCAGAGAGGGUUCUCCUGUGAAGUCCGGUUCUUCAAGAGAUACGAGGACAGAUGACCCGAGGCGACACGGUUCCCUCCAAAACAGAAGUGUUCCAGAUGGAGCAAGUCCCACAUCCUCUACAGCACAGGGCCAGAGGUCAGGGGUCGGUGUGGAACGCGUGCGGCGGGAGGCCCAGCUGGCAGCGCUGCGGUACGAAGAGGAGCGGCACAAAACACGCUCCGUCCAGAGGGACGCCGUCAUGAGCUACGUCAAGCACAAAGCCACCCAGAGCCCUACUAAGCUGAGCCCUACAGACGGCGAGACUGUGUACCCCUCCAGACGCUCUACCCACACGGAUGACUCCGCCCUUUUCAUGAGCGAGUACCAGCCUCUCAGGGUGUUUGAGAUAGACACUGACACCAACACUAUAAAGAGGAGGCCAGGCACUCACAAGCAGUCUCUGCCUGGGAUGUCCAUGGAUGGGUGUGUCUCUCAUGGCUCAGACACCGCCCCCUCCUGUCCACUGCAGCAAGGGGAAGACCGCUCACCUUUGGCACCCACAGCCCUCCAAUCACCCUCUUACCCCGGUCCCACUGCACCGCCCUCCUGCCGCGGCCCCGCCCCGAGACCCGACAGCUUCCUGUACCGCCUCAGCCAGAGAGAGGAGAAGAAGAGAGGUGACUCCACAGUGCCUCGGUCAGAGCCUGAGGAAGUCACACCCACCCCAACCCAGGUGCUUGUGGGAGAAGAGGCGGAGCUUGUGGAUCAACUGAGAAAGAACAUUGAGUGCCGGCUGAAAGUGUCCUUGCCCAGUGACCUGGGCGCAGCGCUGACGGACGGGGUGGUGCUGUGCCACCUGGCCAACCACGUGCGGCCCAGAUCUGUGCCCAGCAUCCACGUCCCCUCCCCUGCUGUGCCCAAACUGACGAUGGCCAAGUGUCGACGGAAUGUGGAGAACUUCCUGGAGGCGUGCCGCAGAAUCGGGGUCCCUCAGUCCCAGCUGUGUCUCCCGCUCCACAUCCUGGAGGAGCGGGGUCUGCCCCAAGUGGCUGGGACGGUGCGUGCACUGCUGGACCUGGCCCCCCCCAAACACACCGCCUCCACCCCCAACACCCCCUCUGCUCUCCCCGCCACUGCCUCCCUGGCCAUGUAGGCAUGUAGACGCACACCCAACCUGGCCCCACCUGACUGACCUCACAUGGAUACAGACCAGACCAGACCAGCCAGAAUGCAAAACGUUACAUAGACACACAUACACACAUACACACAUAUAUAUGCAAACACACACACACACACACAUUCAAAUACACCACCCACACACUCUAGUCCAGCCCUCCACUCAAACAUCAUUCAUAAAUACACACUUGUAGACACACAAACACACAUGGAGAAGAACCACACCAGGCCACCAACCCUUCCCCCAAAUCUGGGUGGCUUCCUUUGUGAGAAGAGGAGAGGAGUGGGGAGCAGCGCCUCAGACUGGAGCAGCACUACCACUCCACGGAUGGAUGACUGACAUUCUUGACUCUUAUUUGGACAACAGGACAGGACACUACAUACAUAGACAGGAAGAGAUUUGUUUAUUUUUUCUUGAAAUAGUGAUUUUAAUUUUUUUUUCUAUCACUUUUUCUGUUCCUCUUGUCUCUCCCAAUGUGGAGUUAUUUUAUUUUGCACCAUAUUAAUAUAACAUUAUUAUGAUGACAAUAAGAAAUAUAUUAUUAUUAUUUCAUUAGUUUAACACUUGGGACCGUUAUUUGUCAGAUCCCUGCUCAUACAGGGUCGUCAGAAGGGUAACCAUGGUGAUCCAGAGGGUUGACUUGAGAACAGGGUGAUUGGCCAGAUAUAUCCCCCUUGCCCAAUAGGCACUAGAACUCAUUGGCUAAUAAAUUAGCUGCUAGCUGAGGGGAAACCUUGUCUUCUGCAGAAAGCAUGUGAGGGAGCAUUGCUGCUAUGUGUGAACAUGGCCCUCUAAAAUAUCUUGUAUUUUUUAGGUUGGGCCACAAGAUGGCAGUAGGUUGCUACAGCUGCAAUGGAUGCUGCAAGGUUACAGUACAGUUAAUAUGGCAGCAUGGCAUCAGCUAUUUUGCUGUAUGGACUGCAAUGCAUCCUUGAUACCAUCCCAUUCAAAACUGCAUAAAUUUAGCAGUAGAUAGUGUAAUGUGAAAUUGGGAUGGACUACUUGUUCCAUUGUAGUUUUUACCCCAGUGACAGAUGCCCUGGAGAUGAAAUUGACUCUGUGCUUUGGGAUGAAUAAUUUAAGGAGUGAAAUUCAGUGACGACCAGAGUUAGCUAAACCCAAAGAGCAGCUUAGGCUCUGACUGGUCCAGCUCAAAUCACACCGCCGGUUCAGUGGAUCAAACACCCUGCUGCCUGGCAAGGUUGUAAUGAGCCUCACAAUCAGACACUACAUUUAAAAAAAAAAAGGAGAAAAAAAAACUUUGACGGGUUUUUAUGUAACGGUAGCAUGGUUGAGCUCUCUUUAGCAGAUAUAUAUGUGGCCUACGGUUACUGAAUGAAAUGUAAAAUAUAUAUAUAUAUAUAUAUUAAAAAAAAGUUUUGUUUUUCACUCUUAAGGACAGGUAACAGGGAGGAUGUAACUGACGGUUGUUGUUCCUCAGUAGAAUCUGUCUCCUGUGUAAUUCAUAACCAAGCAUGCAUAAGGCACAGUUGAGGGAGGGGGUGGGAUGGGUAGGGGACUUCAUAUUUAAAAUCUAAACUAAAAAACUGAAAAAAGGAGAAAAAAAAAAGGUCUUGUCUGACAUUAAAGGCAAUAUGACUGGUGACUGCUGUAGUCGAGAAUAUUUUCUUAGUCCUUCUGAAGCAGGUCGGUGUGUCUCGAUCAAGGUGCGCACCCUGGCCUUCAGUCUUUUUUGUUGCUGUAGUCACGCGUGCAUGGCUUGCUCUUUCUAAGCCUGGUGACCACCAGGCUGCGUAUCCUUUCCAGAGCAGUUUGUCAGGUGUGUAGAAGGACACCCAUACACACACACACACACACACACACACACACGCACACACGGAGUUACACACACACCGACAGUCUCUUUUAAAUGCUGUACACAGGAUUCACUUAGUGAUGUUCAAGUCAGCUGAGUCUUCAAGCCCGGGUAUGCACACAAAUAUGUAUAAAGUCGAAAUAGAAACACUUAGGGUGAUAAGGCAGCCAGUCAAGGGUGAGGAUACUCUUCGCACACAAGCAGCGAGUGGGGCAAUAUACUGAGCAUACAGGGUCAGUGGAGGGGACGUUUUUAAAGAGGCCAUUUUGUAUUUUUACAAGUUCCUUCUCAGCCUGGCAGUAGGGCUGAUGAGACGGGGCCCUGCGUAAAACUUUCACAUCAGAUUUAAAAAAAAGAAAGUUAAGAAAAAAGAAGCAUAAGGAUACAGAGUCAAAGUAUUUUUUUUUCUAUUUUAACUUGCUUUUUUAUAGACCUACGAGUUAUGAAAAGGGAAGUUAAAAGCAAUCGAAUUAUAAUUAUUAUAUUAUUAUUGUUUUUUUGUAUAGAUAUUUUUAGUGUAAUUGUUUUUAUUUUUAUUUUAAAUUCUGACUCGGGUGUUUCCCCAGCAGCGAUGAUCAUGUGACCCUAGUGCAGGCCCUCCCCUGCGUGACACUGUACAGUACAUAAAUACAUUCCAUACGUUUACAAGUAUGUACCACUUCCCACGUGCACCAGAGGACCUUCUUCGCUUUACUACAGCCUUGGACUUGCCCUUUAUUUUUUAAGUUUUUACUUUGCAUUUUUACUUCUUUUGUUUUCUGAGCAAGUGUCCCGCAAAAUAUACUGUAUUGGAUUCUAAGUAAAUGGAAAAAAAUAUGGAUUUUUUUUUUUUUUGGAAUGGAUAUUUGAUGUUAUUUUAAAAUGCAUUAAUAAAAAGUUUCCCAUUUCG